AUGGCUCCUCAAAGGCAUACCCAAGAGAACAUCGACCAGCAGCUGCAACAAAUACAUCUUCUUGAUCCGUCAUCGUCUUCCGAGAACCUUGAACAACUCGGACCUAUCAUCAAGCAAAUCCAUGCGAACCGUCAGCAGGAAGCAUACCUGCGCAAUCUUCAGGCUCUUAUUGCAACAAAAGACAGCGAGAUCGAGCAGAUAUGCACGGACAAUUACCAAGAAUUUAUCUCCUCCGCUUCGACUCUUUUCACAGUCAAGUCAUAUACUAACAACCUCAGGGACAAGAUCACAACUUUGGACGCCAGCGUAUCUCAAGUCGGUCGAGGCUUGGUAGAGAAGAAAAGGACUUUACUGCAGUCCAAGAAGACGGCAGCCAAACUUGAUGAAGCAAUUGAUACCCUGCAAGCUUGUUUGAAAGUUCUGGACGUUGUGAAUCGAAUCGGCGAAUUGAUCAAGGAGGAGAAGUAUUGGAGUGCCCUGCGGUCACUGGAAGACAUACAAAGUCUGCCUUCGAAUUCGCUGUCCCAGACGCCAUUCUACCAGCAUCUGCUGUCCUCUCUGCCUUCACUGCGGAUUCAAAUCCAGAAUGCGGUCACAGCUUCUAUGAAGCAAUGGUUAUUGGAGAUUCGGAAUGUCAGUGGGCUAGUUGGUAAAUUGGCAUUAGAAGCAAUGGACUACCGGACGCGCAAGUGGAGAUCACGUCGGGAGAAAGAUCCUAUGCUGAGGUUGAGCCGUGUUGGAAGCGCAGUAGAAAUGGUGAUCCAAGAGCGGUCCGAUAUUAAUGUUCUCGACAGCGAGAAAUUAAAGGUUGAUUUCACGCCCCUUUACCAAUGCAUACAUAUCUACACAACGUUGGAUUCAAUUGAUGACUUGCGAAGAUCUUAUCAAGCAGAUCGUAAAGCGCAAUCAGACCUUAUUUUACCGGAUCCGCUUCCGCUCGCCUCCCUACCCAAUCUAACUCAGGAAAUAUGCGGAUUCUUUAUCAUAGAAUCGCAUGUUCUUGAAACGACUGGCAACUUCCGUUCUGAGAGGGAGGUCGAGGAGUUAUGGGAAGCGCUAGUUGCGCGUCUUGCGUCAGCUGUUAACGAGUCUUUGGCAAACGAGACUGACCCAGAUUCUUUUUUGAGGGUAAAGGAGUGUCUCAUUGGAUUCGUCACGACGCUGGAGUCCUAUUCGUAUGCCACCCAGUCACUGCACUCACUCAUCCUUACGCUGUUCGAGAAGUAUGCCGGCCUUCUUGAAGGCCAGUUCAGUCGUAGGUUUGAUGGUAUUUUCCUCGAAGACGACCAUCUCCCUAUGCAAGUUACGAUACCGUCUGAAAGAGAUUCUGUGCUUGCAGUCGUAUGGUUGGACCCGUCAGAACAAGAGGCUCUUUCAAAGAGCGAUCUACCUCUUAGUCUACCAUGGUCGCAAGGUUUUUUCCUGUGCUGCCAAGAUAUCCGAAACUUCAUACAAAAGUUUUAUCACUUUGUUGAUGGGGUAUCACAGCAUCAUGGCAAUAUUGACGAAUUAUUGAACAAGUCGCUAGACAAACUGCUUGCAAACCAUAUCAGCGGCAGUAUUUCCAAGUGCUUAAGUAGCACAUCAACGCUUAGUCAAGUCGUUCAGAUUGUUUCAAAUCUCGAGCAUUUUGAGGUUGCAUGUUCGGAACUGGAACGUUCACUGACGAGUCUCCGGUCGACACAGCGGGGUGGUGCUAUCCGGCUGUCUUCCUCCUCCUUUGCCAACACUAUCACCCGUGCCCUCAACCGUGUGACGGGUCUUAUCACCUCUAAACUAGAUGACUUCUUUGAUUUGGCAGAGUAUGAUUGGACGCCGCAAUCCCGCGAGGACACACCCAGCAUGUACUUAUAUGAACUUAUUAAUUGGCUCACGACAAUUGUGGACUCUCUCGUUAUCAAGGAGGUAUACAAAGAUGAGGCAUAUCGAGGAGCAGUCGGAUAUAUCGCCGAGUGCUUGAUGAACUUCAUGAUCGGGCCUGACGUCCCAGCGAUGAACGAGAACGCCGUCUCAAAUAUUUUGGUGGAUACAGAGUUCCUGGAAGGGGAAUUAACCCGUAUUGGCCGGGACCAUCUCAGCUCGGUUUUCGCUGAACUUCAUUCGAUGGCAUCAGUAAUAUUAAACGACGCUGUACAAGACUAUCUAGUACCGCAGGUCCGGCAGACAACGUAUUCCGUUAUCCGACCGAAGAGACUCCAGACACUCCUUGAGAAACUGACCAGGUACGGGUCGAGUCGGCGUGACGCCCAAUCACGAGAAAGAGGGGACAGACGAAGGAAGGAAGCAGAAGCCGUUGGGCGGGUAUUUCCUGGAGAAAACCGAUGA